AAAUUUUGACAGAUUGGUAGAAAAUAACAAAAACAAUUGCUACUGGUUAUUUGCAACAAGUGCCGUCCUCAUUAAUACCCCUUGUGUCAGAAAAAAUACCGAAUGUUGUUCCUGCGAAGGUCAUUGAUAAAUAUUUGCCUGAAAUCAUCAAAUUUAAGUGGAUUUUGUGAACGUAACUUUUGCAGUAAGAUCUUAGGAAAAAUGUCCAAAACAGCUUUAAUUAUUUUGGCACCAGGUGCUGAAGAAAUGGAAUUUGUUAUAUCCGCCGAUGUUUUACGUAGGGCCGGGGUAAAGGUAACAGUUGCUGGUUUAAGUGGUACCGAACCUGUUAAGUGCUCAAGAGAUGUUGUGAUCUUACCAGACACUUCUUUGGAAGCUUCAAAAUCUAACAAAUACGACGUUGUUAUAUUACCUGGUGGCUUGGGUGGUUCAAAGGCCAUGGCCGAAUCGGCAGUUGUGGGAGAAAUAUUGAAACAACAAGAAACUGAGGGUCGUAUAGUGGCUGCUAUAUGUGCUGCCCCAACGGCAUUAGCAGCUCAUAGUAUUUGCCAAGGAAAGUCGCUGACAUCCUACCCAUCUGUAAAAUCUCAAUUGGAAACUGUUUACAAUUAUAUUGAUGAUCAGGCAGUUGUUCAAGAUGGCAAUUUGAUUACUAGUCGUGGACCAGGAACUGCCUUUGAAUUCGGUUUAAAAAUCGCUGAAGUACUAGCUGGUUCCGAUAAAGCUUCGGAGGUUGCCAAAGGAAUGUUGUUGAAAUAGUUAUUGUAUUAUAAUUUUCAAAUAUUAACUAUGAAAAUGAAUUUUUAAAUACAAACAGCUCUUACAAUAAAUAUGAAUAUAUGAACAAAUUCUAUUGAAUUAAUAAAAAGAAAAACUUUAAACUUUUUAAUGCGAAAUAAUUUAAUGUGAAAUCUGGCAAGUGGUGAAAUAUGAAUGGAAUCUUUAAUAAUUUGAAUAAUAACAAUGUGAAUUUACUGUU